AGUACUACUAACACUUCCUUUACGUCACUUUGACGGUCCUUUUGGGAAUCGAAACUGCAAUGCGACAUAACGUGACUGUUAGCUAUCGUCUGCUAGUUGAGCAAGCAUGAUAGCAAAUAACCAACAUAAGACUUACGACCUGUUUCGCGACUGCCUAUCAACUGUGUUGAUUGAGAAGGUCACCAAAUCUGAACCAAGAUCCAGGCGGAGAGCCAAGUCUAAGAAUGCUCCGGACAAUACCAGGCCUGCCGAGGACCAAGAUAAUGGUCUUAAAGAUGCAGAAGAACUCGCCGAAUUCAUCGAAUACAUCGCAUCAGAAACUUUUGAGUGUCUACCAGACGAACUAAAGACGCUUGACUAUUACAUUUACGCGAAGGAUGAAGACCUACAGACGCGUUACGCUCUGCCGAUAACGGGCGAUGAUGUGGCGUCUAUCGUGCCAUCUCUGGAUCCGUCCAUUUCCGAGUCUCUAAUCACGUACGGCAUCACCGACGAGAGAAGACAAGGUUCAAACGAAUUUCUAGCGCCCGUCCUGACAUCGUUUAUGGCCUCGAUAUCAACAGCACCUCCACCGCCCAGCAGUACACGCAGCAAGGUGGCUGCGUGCGAGCUGUGCGACCGCGACUGGAUUCCGUUGACAUACCACCAUCUGAUCCCACGUUUCGUGCACGCCAAAGCGAUCAAGCGAGGUUGGCACCGCGAAGAAAACUUGCAGCGUGUUGCAUGGCUAUGCCGUGCAUGUCAUAGCUUUGUGCACCAAUUCGCAAGUCAUGAGGACCUCGCGAGAUACUACUACACGGUCGAUUUACUACUUGAUCAGAACGAGAUUGUGCAGUUCGCCAAGUGGAUUUCGAGAUUGAGGUGGAAGGGACGGUAGCCCUUUGAUUGAAGGUCUCAGUUCGGCUUCAGUUGUUGUGCCGCAAAUUUUGGAACAGUAGCAGUAUUAUUUUUGUACGAAUUACAAACUAUAGAACGAUUUCAGUGGAGUCGGGUAAUUAAACAUGGCUGAUUAAAGCUUCCGUCGAGACCAGCUGAAUGCCGAAUGUCAAUUUCGUUGCAAAAGUUAAAUCGUCGUUCUAGUUACCACCGACAGCAUACUCAUCGCUCGAGUGGUGGACUACAUUGCAUGACAUCCGUACCGAACCGCUACUUUCCUAUAGGUAUUGGGAACCUUGAAGAAGCCGCAGAAAGUUGGUGUGUCAAGUUAGAACAGUCAAGUUGCUCGCUUUCGUUUCCAAAAGGCGGCAACAUUAAGGUGAGCUAUAUCGGUACUGGCUUGGUAAUAUUCACUC